AUGGAGAGUGAGUUUAUAGGCUAUCCUUAUUACCAUGGUUCGUUGGACAGGAAGCAAGCCGAGCAGGCUCUGAAUGACAGUAAAAGGGACGGGGCAUUCAUAAUACGCGAUGGCAAGGAUGGCAUCAAUAGUAAUUCCCCAUAUACCGUCAGUGUAUGGUACAAACGACCAUGGCAUCUUCAAAUGAAGAGGAGAAGUCAGGGAAAGAUUGCUCUUGGUGCGUUAAAAGAAGGAGAAAAGCUAUUUAACAGUCCGUUAGAGCUUGUGCAGUACCACCAGGAAAACACUUUGAUUUUGCAAGGAAGCGGCAAAGUAUGCCUGACUAUACCAGCACCUGUGUUUUCAUGAUACAAUGGAUAAACUCCACCAUGCUGACUAGGGACACAGUCUGAACAGGUGUUCCAAAUCAUGGAUUCAUGAUAGAGAGGGUUCACAGCUUUCACCCCUAUACAAAAUGGAAGGAUCACUGCUUACACCCCUUUAUGCAAGUGUUUUAAGCCCAGCUUCAUAAACAUUUUGAGUAAGGUUCACAUCAGAAUAGGAGUGAAAGCUGCUUUAUUUUUGUUACAUUC